AUGGACGGCCCCAUCAGCAGCCGUGACUUCCGCUGCCUGCAGCUGGCCUGUGUGGCCCUGGGCCUGGCGGCCGGCAGCAUCAUCAUUGGUGUGUCCGUGUCCAAAGCCGCGGCUGCUCUGGGCGGGAUCUUCAUGGGCGCCGCUGGCCUGGGACUCCUCCUCUUGGCCUACCCCUUCCUGAAGGCGCGGUUCAACCUGGACCAUAUCCUGCCUGCGCUAGGCAGCCUGCGCAUCCAUCCGCACCCGGCACCAGACCGCGGGGAGGGCCAGUCCAGCGCCAACGACAGCAAAGAAGGAGGCCGCAGCAGCCUGUCAACCGUGAGCAGAACCCUGGAGAAGCUGAAGCCGGGGGGCCGAGGGACUGGGGAGGGCUGA